AUUUUAUUGAAGUGACACGACUAAGAGCAGAAUGACGCUUAGCAUACUACUCCUUGAGGUCGUAUCUUUUUUACUGAAAUCCCAAAUCUUAUAACUUUUAUUAAUUGUGUGACAUUUAUUAAUUACAACACCAAAAGUGAAUACCUAGUGGCAGUUUAAACUAGUAGCAGUGUCUAUUCAUCAGAAUAUUUAUACAGGAUAUGUUUGCUGUAGCCUUAAUUAUUCCACUGAUGACUACUCAUGUGCGAACUCUUGGCGCUGGCCACAUAUAUGUGGGAGUUUUGGGCGCAAUAUACCCUGCAUGCCAGUUGGUGUCGGGGCCUCUGAUAGGCAGUUUAAGUGAUCUUAGAGGGCGCAGGAUGGUCCUUAUUGUGACUUUAUUAUUUUGUGCUAUAUGCCAAACAUUUCUGGGUUUUAUUGAUUCUCUUUGUUUUCUACUCAUAUUACGGGGAAUUUUAGGCUUGUUUAAACAGACUGAAGUAUUAACGAAAGCUCUUGUCCCUGACUAUGAGACAAGUGAAAAGAAUCAAUCACAGAUAUUUGGGAAAAUAGCUGCCAUGUCUGGAAUGGGUAUGAUUGUAGGCCCAUUUGUUGGAGGGCACCUAGCAGAAGGCUUCCCAGAAUACGUAUUACCCUUGGUUGCUUUAAUAGUUGGGGGGUGUUUUUCAGUCAGCGCAGGUCUUGUGUUUUUCUUACCAAGAAUAAAACAUGAAAACAAGCAAGAACAGAGAAAAACCUCACUGAAGAAGAAGCAUUCAAUAACAGUAAUGAAAAUAGUACUUACUGCAUGCAAAGAAUCAUUGGUUGAACUGUUUAAAAUAGACUGGUCUAAUUAUGGCACAAUAUUCUUCUUUGUGGGCUUGUUUGAGUUUGCUAUUUUGUUACAUUUCUCUAACUAUGUAUAUUAUUUAAGAACAACAUACGGGCUUACACCUAAGUCUAUUGGUUAUAUUAUAUCUUUGAAAGGCCUAAUACGAGCAAUGUCUAGUUAUUUAAUAGGAUUUAUUAAUAGCCAUUAUCCAAAAGAUAAUGAUUAUCGUACUAGAACCGCUCAUGUGUUUUUGAUUACAAGUGUGUCAAUGUUAGGAUUCAUAGUCUCAUUUAAUAUUUAUGUCUAUGUUAUAUUCAUGAUACCUUUAGUAAUAUGUGAAGCUGUUGCAAAGUUGGUGUUUUUAGAAAUAAUAUUGAAAAAGGAAGCUGGUGGUCAUCGAUCUACCUUGAUUGGCGCCACAAACAGCGUGCGUUCUAUAUCUAGAGUAAUUGCUCCCAUUAUAUCAGGCGUAAUUGGAGAGUAUUUAGGUGUACCAUUUGUAAUUUAUAUUGCAUUUUUCAUCAGUUUAUUUGGUUCUGGUAUAAGUUACAAGCAUUCAAAUCAUGUAAAAGAUGAUUGAAACAUUGAAUGACAGUCUUUAUUACCAAUAAAUAUAUUUUCAACACAAAUGUAUAAGUUUAAUUGUACUACCUAUUUUGCACGUCAAUUUGUCGC